AUGCCCAAAAGCCCAUAUGAACCGAACCCCACAUCGUGGUUACAGCCCUCGUAGCGGUGGUUCUCCAUAGCCCAUAGGUUCCCUCCCCUCUCUCCUCUGGACGCUCGUCGAUGGCUGGACGAGACGGGGAUGGCGGUGACGGCGACGACUACAUGGGCGAUCUCUCUCUCUUCCUCCCUGCCGAACUCGAUACUGAUAAAACGAACAAGUUUGGCUCGAAGGCGAAGCAGAACCAGCCGGAGCCGAAGCCCAAGUGGCCCAAGGGCCUCAGCUGGCAGGAGCAGCGGAGGCUCGAGAGGGAGCGGAAGCAGCGAGAGGAGGACGAACGCACGAGGGCGAGCCUCGAGUCGGAAAUCCCGGCCUCCAACGUGGGGUUCAGGAUGCUGAAGAUGAUGGGGUACACGCCCGGGUCGGCGCUGGGGAAGGACGGCAGCGGGCGGGCGGAGCCGGUGGGGCUCCAGAUUCGGCGGUCCAGGGCAGGGAUUGGUGUCGAGGAGGACGCGGUGAGGAAGGAGAGGGCUGCGGAAGAGAGGAAGCGGAAGAGAGAGGAGGAGAUGGUGGCAGAGUUCGGGUCACGGCAGAAGACGCAUUGGAGGAGCCGGAGAAUCGUUGGAGAUUACCGUAAGGCAGAGGCUGCUUUGGCGCAGUUGGAGAAGAGGGAGGUGGUUGAGACCCCAAAGGACGACGAUGAGGAGGAUGAGGAAGAAGAAGAGGAAGUAAUCACUGAAGAGAAUUUGCAUGAUAUACUGACAAAGCUGAGAGAUGAACACCGAUACUGCCUCUACUGUGGAUAUCAGUAUGAGUCGGCAGAGGAAUUGGCAACUAAUUGUCCCGGACCAAGCGAUGAAGAUCACUAAUCACAAGCGAUGAAGAUCACAAACAACUUGCAGAGCCUGUUUAUCGUUGUUACAAGUUCCAAAUGCUAAGCGCCCCCCCUAGUCGAUCUGAUGUCAAUCUGUGGAACAAAUAGAGAGUGAUGUUCAAUAUGUAGCAUGUCUCACCGAUUGUUCCACAAAUGAGAUUAUCAUCUUGAUAGUGGUCGUGCCUAUGAGAGGGGUCAUUGAUCAGAACGGCAUCAGCAGACCCUUUUAUUCAGACAACUGAAAAGAUGAUUCAUCUUAAAGUGGGAUGAACCUUGUUACCAGAGACUGGUUAUAAGGUGGUCCAAGUUAGCGACCAACUCUGAGCUCUUGGAGCAGAUUGCACGAAUUGUCUAUGGCCCUAGAUAUAGUGAACGGUAUCAUGGAAUUCAUCAAAUAGUGAUUCUAAAGAACACAUUUAUGAGGAGGCCAAAGUAGUUGUCGGUCUCUCGGUCCUCAAAGGAGGAAAUUGAUAACCGAUGUUGUGUAUUUUAUCAUAAGCCUGUGGUGGCAGUCGUAUCGAAAUUGUUGUAAAUUUAUUUACUUGUCAGCAAGAAUCUAGGUUCUGGUUAUGGAACAUAAACAAUUGCGAU